CCAGGCAAGGGCGCAGUGAAAGAUAAGUAAUAUCUGUGUUCUUUCUUGGACGUGAAUCGCGCGAUGCAAGUCGGAGAGAACCGCAAAGCUCUUUUAUGAUGUAUAUACAAGUUGUACAUACAAAUAUAGAGACUGAUAGCGCGCGAAUGCAUGUAUUAGUAAGCGGGUGAAGAGAUUCAUGCCCGCGAGUGAGAGGGAAGGAAAAUGUGGACCACUUUGACCAACGAAGUGGGGACCUGGAUUAAAAGCAAACGAGGCCAUAGACCGAGUCCCAGAGCUAUCUCGUGUCUCGAGCAGUUAACGUCAUUUUUGUACACGCUUCGGAGCAUCUCAUCCGGAUAGAGAAGAACAAAAAUUCGACAAAUCCUUACCACGGAUGUUUCGACGAGCGCGACGAUCUCUCCAACGUUCGGAAUAAAUAUACACUUGCUACAACACACGUAUAUCCGUUUGUAUAUAUGUGAUUGACACGCGCGGGGUCAAAAAGUCCCGCCGAAACACUCACCAUCGACGAUGAUGGGCUCGAAAGGGAGUUUUUUCGUGGUCCUAUUGACGAUCGCGUUUACGAUGAAGUUUUCCGUAUGCGAUACUCGUUAUUUCGUCAAGGUACCAACCAACUCGACGGAUCCGUUGAGCAGGUUUAUGGGAAUCGAUAAAUCGAGGUUCGUCGCCGAGGGAGGACGCGAGCCUUCGGUUAAUCGAGCAGACGCCAGUAAUCCUGAGAAAUCGAGGUCGUCAUUUCGUAUCGACGAUGAGACCAUGAUUCGCGAGAGCCUCAAAGCUAAUCUCGAACGUCGCAAUUCCUUCAUUGAAAGUUCAACCUUCGAUCCAGAUGUGCUGAACAAAUUUCUCGAUGACUACGCCAAUAAAAUUAAAUCUACCACCGAGAAAAAUUACAAUUUUCCAUUUCGCAUCGGCAAACCUGAUUUAGAAAAGUUGAAUGAGCAUAAAAAUGAUAAUGAGGAUGUCGUUCCGAACCUGGAACCCGAUAAAGUUUCCGAAGUUAAUAAAACCAUAGAAAAUUCGAUCAAUUCGACCCUCGAAAGUACCGACCUGAACCAACAAGACCUCAAUGACACCAUAAAAAGAAACAAAUAUUUCGGAGGAAAUGCGAAUGACGAUCGCAACGGGUGGGUAACUCUGGAAGCGAUUCCAUGGUCGAAAAGCAAAAUUUCAAAAUGGCAGGCAAGUUCGAGUUCUCAACGGCCCUGGCCAGAUAUGCAAUCGUGGGAUAAGCCGAGUAACGUCAAGCCAUGGAAUUCCGAAUUUCCUUCGAGGCCCGCUUACAUAAACAACGAACCAUGGCCAGAACCUCCGAAAGUGCAACGACCGGAUUACCAUUCGAGCAGACCGAUACCCUCGCAACCGCCGAGACCUCAAGUAUCAACGCGACCAUCGUACUUCGAUGAUCGUUUCGACCACAAUUUGAAUCAAGCUCAGAAAUGGCCACCGGAGAGGCCGCAAUCAUCGUGGGACAAAUUCCCGUCGACUGAUUCGUACAAGCCCAACUUGGAGAUAAUAACGGAUGACAGACCAUCGAACUUCCCAACGAGCUGGGACAAAUAUACGCAUUCCUCGUCCAAUAACAACAAUAAAUAUUCUUAUAACGACAGAGACAGAUUUACGAACAAUUACGACGGCAACAACAAUCAUCAUCACCAUCAACAAAAUCAUCAGCACGAAGACUCGAAUCACGAUUGGAGAGAGCCCUUAAACAAUUACCCAUCAAAGUUCGAGCUUUACAAGGACAAGCCAUCGAAUUUCGGUAGACCAACGAGCGACUAUCAGAGUAAUCGUCCACAGCAAUUAUCUCACUAUCAAUAUACCCCGGAACAUCCACCGAGUCACCCAUCGAACGGUGAAGGUCAAUGGGUUUUGUUAUCGACGAAUCGCGGCUAUUCGAAAUCCCGGCAAAGAUCGAUGAAAAUGGACAAUGAGAAAGACCAGGACGCGACGACGAUCAAUACGAAAUCUCCGGCAAGAGUCGGGGCACAGGACGACGAUGGAACCGUUGCGGUGAUGACCUCCAAACGUCAGGUACGUUUGACCGUUCUACCCUCCAUAAAUGGAACUAACACAACCACGUCACACGGCGGACUCCUCGAAGUUGAGAAAACAUUCAAGACCGUCGAUCAGAGCAGAAAGGAAUACGAAGACAGCAGAUUAACAACCGGGUUGAAACCGUUUAUUGUUAACCAUAGACCAAUCAGAAACACCGUAUCCAAUAGACCCUCGAACUCUGCGGUUUUAGCCGCUGUCGGUGCCGGUAUGUUACCGGCAACCAUGGCUGUCAUGAUACCCAUGAUGCUCGGUCGAAAAAAACGCUCCUCAUCUCAACUCCCCGUUUUUUAUCAUCCCUCGAAUACUCCGAGCUUCAAUUAUCAUGAGAAAUUUGUGAGGAAUUGAGAACGAUCCUGAAGCAAAAAAUCCGCGAUUCUAAAUCUUCCUCGAUGCUCCCUCGACGUUGAAACGUAACCAGCUGUUUUGUUGUUUCGUUUUCAACGUUCAAUCGUUCUUUGUUUUCUUUUUUUUUUCUAUGAACGUUGCAAUUUCGCACAGUAGAUUUAAAUAUUUAUUUAUUCGUUAAUGUCUUACUUUUGUAUUUAUGUAUCGUUAAGGUUAUUUAUUUCUUUGAACGCGCCGACUCAUCGAACCUGCUCCCCGUAAUUGUAGAAUUCCGAAAGGAAACAUUUGUUUUUUGGAUUUUUGAAAAUAAAAAACGUAAAAUUUGUUCGUUCGAAAAAAUUGAUUGCAAUAAAAUUGGAAUGAUUAUUAUCAACGUCGUGAAAUAUUCUUCAAAGUACGAAACUAUAUGCCAUCAAAUUAUUUAGGGUUUUAUGAAAAAUACUCCGUUUAUAAUUGUACAACAAUUCGAAUGUUUUAUUUACAGCAUACAGUAUUCGAUCGUUUAGAUUACAUUUAUUCAUGUAUUUAAACUUAUUUGACAAAUGUCAUUGAUUUGUUAUCGUUGAACUUUACAAAUAAUAAAUUAUACUACGAAAUUCGUCAUCACGAAUCCCACACCGGAUUAGAACGAAAAAACACGUUGAAGGUAAGGUGUGAUUUCAUUUCGACGUUCUUCCGUCAGCACCGAUUGCGAACAAUCCCGAACCUCAUCCUCGUUUUUUCUUCUCAAGUAGAAUAAGUUUGAUUCGAUGAGAAUUUUGAUCCGCGGUCAGAAAAACUACGGAGAAAUACUGAUAAUUUUAUGGAUUGUAAAAACGACUGACAAGAAUAAAGUAUGGAGUUUCCGCAGA